UAGGCAGACUACGUUUAAAAUGCAGGGUGCCAAAACAUCGGGUGUCCCUAAAUUCCAAUCCGGAAGUAAUGAUUUGCUCGUUGUUGUGAAUCAGCUGAUCAAGAACGCACGCUUAAUGACUAACCAUAGUAAAUGUGACGAUGUGUUGAUCUUAGCUAACUGCUGACUGUUUGCUAAAUCAGGGUUUGCAAUGGUUGUGUAAAAGCGGAAUAUCACGAGAUUGCUAACAAUGGAGCUAUUCGCUUGAGGGAACUGUAUCUCUCCGGGAUCUUUCAGCAUUUGAUGUAGCCUAGUUGUCCCUUUGCUAAGACGCUGUUAAUCGUACAGCGGUUGAAGGUUGAGCAGUAUACUGUAGUGCCAUAUCCACUGGCCCAGGCAUAAGAAUGGAUCCGCUGGGAGCUCGAUCUCAGUUUGUGGACAUCCAGAGCUUGUCCACCUGGGACCAGCCUGCAGAGGUGAAGGAGGAAGAGGAGGAGUCGGAGGAGACUGACACAACGGACGGCAGCUUGACCAAUCAGCAAUGGCCCUUUCCUUCGCCUUUCCCCUACCGGGACGACAUCAAUAGGAAGAUUACGCUCUUCACUGGGGACGUGGCACUCCUGAACUGCACGGCUGUCGUCAACACUACCAACGAGACAUUAACGGACAAGAACCCCAUCUCCGACAGCAUCCACAGACACGCAGGGCCCGAUCUCCGAGACGAGCUGCUCAAACUGAAAGGAUGCCGGACAGGUGAGGCGAAGAUGACUGAAGGUUUUAACCUGGCCUCGCGCUUCAUCAUACACACGGUGGGGCCUAAGUACAAGACCAAGUACCGCACGGCUGCCGAGAGCUCGCUCUACAGCUGCUACAGGAACAUCAUGCAGCUAGCAAAGGAGCAGGCCAUGGCAUCUGUGGGGCUGUGUGUGGUCAGUACGGUGAAGAGAGGCUAUCCACUGGAAGACGCCACACACAUUGCGCUCCGAACAGUACGGAGGUUUCUGGAGCUUCAUGGCCAAAGCAUAGAGACAGUGGUGUUUGCAGUGACGGACGUUGAAUGGCCUGUGUACAGAAAGCUUCUGCCCCUCUACUACCCUCGCUCCGUGGCAGAGGAACGGCUCAGCCUCCCCCUGCUCCCUGCCGACAUCGGGAACUCAGAGGGCGAGCCGGUGGUGCCCGAGAGGCAGAUCCGCAUCGCUGAGAAGCCCGGGAGUCUGGAGGCAGCGCCCAGGCCUGGAGAAACUUCACAGCCUCACGACGAUUUGGAGGACGAUAGCCUGGAGCUGGACUUGGGGCUUGUGGGGACACACGCGUUUGCACGUAUGGAGGGGGACGUGGACAAACAGCGCAAGCUCAUCCUGCAAGGCCAGAUGUCUGACGUCGCACAACAGAAACAACACCAGAGAAAUUAUAACCGUUGGUUAUGCAGGGCGCGAGCAGAGGACUUGUCAGACAUAGCAGCACUGAAAGCCUUAUACCAGACAGGCGUUGAUAUGUGCGGCAGGACAGUGAUGGUGAUUGUGGGACGGAACAUCCCAGUGACCCUCAUUGACAUAGAGAAGGCCCUGUUGUAUUUCAUCCAUGUGAUGGACCACAUCACAGUGAAGGAGUAUGUGAUGGUGUACUUCCACACGCUGACUGGCGAGCACAACCACUUGGAAUCUGACUUCCUGAAGAAGCUCCACGAUAUUGUGGACUCAAAGUUUAAGAAGAACUUGAAGGCCCUCUACUUCGUCCACCCCACGUUCCGCUCCAAGGUAUCCACCUGGUUCUUCACAACCUUCAGUGUGUCGGGCAUGAAGGAGAAGGUGCACCACAUGGAUACACUGCAGCAGCUCUUCACCUGCAUCCUACCCGAGCAGAUCGACAUCCCACCCUUCGUACUGGAGUACGACGCCAGGGUGAACGGCCCCUAUCAAUCAACCCACCCCUCUGGUCUAUGAGGCCUCUUGACCUUUCACCCCACCAACGAGGACCUCCGCUGCACGCCAUAGUGGACGUCACAAUGUUCUCAGCGUACUUGAGCCAGGCAGGUGUCACUUGACCUCCCAAGGACCUAAAGAUGUUUAAUCUCCUCUCCGAUGAACCGCCAUGUCACCCAAACCUAUGGAGGACGUCGGUGGUCCUGUUUUCUGUUGAAUUGCUGUUGUUGUGAAAGUUGUUUUUUCUUGAGAAGAAGGAGGAUAUGGAGACCAAUCAGCUGGAUCUCUACAAGGGGUUUGGUUAGGGGUGGGGGGUAGGGGGUCACUCCUGUGGUCCUCUAGUUGGUGGUCAUGGGUAAUAAGCACCACUGCCCUAUCUUAAACCCUCAGAGCCUGUGAAGAUGGAGGUUGUGUGUGUGUGUGUGAGAGAGAGAGAGAGAGAGAGAGACACAGAGAGAGGGGCAGAGAAGGAGUAUGAUGUGUUUGCAGUAAUCAUACAAAGACUCACAAGCUUUGGAUGGAUGGAAGUUAAUAUGAUCUGCCUAUGCGGUCAGAGCAAGAUUGCAUGGUAUUUUCCAAGUAGCGUGGGAGGAACUUAUUUCUGGUUUUUGGUUCAGUUUUUUUUCUUUUUUUUUUCCCUCUUUGCACACGUGUCCAUCCCACAACACACCUUCACCUCAUGGUUUUUAACAGCACUUCACCAGCACUGUAUAUGGUUGUAGUUUUAAUUUAAACACAAAUACUGCUUUAUCUGUCAUACUGAGGACUACAGGAAAAACUAAAACAGUCAGUUCAAAACUGGGUUCUGUUGUGUUCUAUGCUUGUAGGGUUAUGCUUGGUAAAUGCACACAGUUAUCAAGAUUGUAUGGAUCCUUUAUGAAGUUUUUCAGAUCUGCCUCACUUGAUAGUCUUGGGUUGCAUUUUUGCCUUCUAUUUAAAUGACACAUUUUAAUGCUGUAUGUAAAUGAUUAUAUUGUAGAUUAUUAGAGAUCACAUGACUUUUACCACAUGUAUACAUUUUGCAGUUUUUCUUUCUUUUUUUUUGAGUUUUGUGUUCAUUACAGAAAGCAAAACCUUUUGUCACAUUUAUUGCCUGGUCUUUUCCCCUGUGUGUAUUAUAUAAAAUCAAUUUAAACUUGAAUGUAAACUAUUUUUUUUUUUUAAAUCAAAGCAAGCAUUUGAAGUACUCUCUCUGUGGCCUUAAGUUGCCCAUGUGAUGUCUCUCUCUGUAUUCUUCUUUUAAUGUUUGUUCUUACUUUCUUCAUGUUAGAAAUUCCAUGGCUUGACUUUUUAAAAUCAUUGCAGUCUUGUAGUCAUGUCCACUGUUUUUCUCCAGCUUUCCGUUGAUUUUAUAACUUUGUGUGGUUACUUAGUUGGAUGCUUAAUGGUACAUGACUACCAGUGGUGUUUUUUGUUUUGUUUUGUUUUGUUCUGUUUUAUGUUUAGGUCUCAUCUUUCACAUCAUCGGACAUCCAAAGACUAGCUGGUUACUGAUAUUCAUAUUGCUGGAUCUCUGUGAUUUACAACACGGAGAGACUGACUGAUCCAUAACAAUAAUUUUACUGAAAGGUCAGCAACACUGCGCUGUCUACAACAUGCUUCAGAUAUGGUACCCAUCGCCCGAGGACUGUUGCUGUUCGUUGGGUCAGUGAAGAAGAAAGAUGCAAGCAGAUUUUCUUUUUCUUCCCCUUAGUCUACAUUCCGUGCCAGGAGAACCAGUGAGGAUGGUGAGCGGACCAGGGAGCAGUAAUUAUUUAAAUAAAAUGUUUCCAAAUUUAA